UUUUGUUCGACUGUAUAGAUCAUGUGUUUAGGACAUCAUAAACAUCACCCGCCAAAAUAAUCAACGAAUUAAGGUCAACGUGGCACACUUUUGUAAAAGUCAAAGCCUUUUCCGGUUGCAAUGAAAACGCCGACUCGUCGAUCGAAGCGGGUUGAUGAGGAAUCGGAACCCAAUGUUGCAACCCCACGAGUAGUCCUACGGACGCGAAAGGCAAAGUGCUCCAAGACUCGAGCCGUUCGGGUCAAACCCGAAUACCCACUGGCCCCCUCCACCUCCGAGAUGAAGCUGAUGCCUCCUGAGUUCUUUCAAAUCGACUCCCUUGACCUUGCGCCACGUUUGCUUGGGAAGUUCCUGAGGAGAGACAAUGUCGUCCUGCGAAUUACUGAGGUAGAAGCUUAUAGACCAAAUGAUUCAGCUUGCCAUGGACGAUUUGGGGUUACCCCACGGACUGCACCAGUUUUUGGACCAGGAGGACAUGCUUAUGUUUAUCUAUGUUAUGGUCUCCAUAUGAUGCUUAAUAUUGUUGCUGAUAAGGAAGGAGUUGGGGCUGCUGUUUUGAUACGGUCUUGUUCUCCUGUUACCGGACUGGAGACCAUACAGGAGCGCCGUGGCCUGAAAACUGAAAAACCUGUUCUUCUAAAUGGACCAGGAAAGGUGGGGCAAGCGCUUGGACUCUCAACAGAAUGGUCUCAUCAUCCACUUUAUUCUCCUGGAGGAUUGGAGCUUCUGGAUGGAGGAGAAGACGUGGAGAAAAUAGUGGUUGGUCCUCGCGUUGGGAUAGAUUACGCAUUGCCUCAACAUGUUCAUGCCUUGUGGAGAUUUGCUAUUGCAGACACUCCAUGGAUUAGUGCUCCUAAGAACACUCUUAAGCCCCUCUAACUUCAACUCAGACCUUCUUCUUUUUUUUGCCUCUUCAUUGUUAAUACUAAUUACUAAAUACUAAAAAGACAUCUGCAUUCUGCAUGUAGUGUGAUAAUAACACUCUUUGGUGGUGGUUUUAUAUAUUGUUUAUACU